AGUUGCAUGAGUUGGAGCAGUCUACAACAUUUGUUACUGUACGCUGCUCGCAACUGCCUAAGGUUUCGCUUCAGCAACUACAGCUUGAGGACGGAGACAUCUACGUGGGAUGCCGUCACUUUCCUGCAUGGAAUAGGUAAAAGCACCGUAGCCUUCGUGCAGAUCUACCAGUAAAACGUCUGAAACGGUUUUAAUGUGCCUCGUGGUGAAAGGAUGACGUCACCAGUGACCAUGUCUCCAAUUAACUCUUCUACACCUUCGCCUGUUGUGGAGGAGGCAGUUCCCGCAUCGGCGGUAGUUAUUGCUUGCCUUUCCGUUCUGUUCUUUACAAUCGGUUCGAUUGGCGUUAUCGGCAAUGCUUUCGUUAUCUGGGCUGUGAUCGCCAGCAAGAACAUGCGCUCAUCUGUGACAAACAUGUUUUUGCUUAACCUUGCCGUGAGUGACCUGAUCAUCAUGUUAGCGUGCGUGCCAGACAUAGUGCAGUUUAUUCUCAACCACGGCUGGCAACUGGGACUACCGCUCUGCAGGAUUCUCAGGUUUACGGAAGUGUUCGCACUUUAUGCUUCUGUCAUGACACUCGUCGGCGUUUGCGUUGAAAGAUACGUGGCCAUCAUCCACCCGAUGCGGGCGCAUCUGCUCUGUUGCCGUGCGCGGAUGUGCGUCGUCAUCUGCCUCAUCUGGCCGUUAGCCAUGGCAUGCGCUGCACCGAAUCUCCUGUGCCAUGUCCUUCUGUCACAUCACCCAGAUUUUACGCCCUGCGUCAUGCAGUUCCCCUCACCGAACCAUUUCUUGGCGUACAAGUUCGCCGAGUUCUUCAUCUUCUACUUAUUGCCACUCAUAAUCCAAGUAGUGCUAUACACGUUUGUUGGCAGAAAGCUCUUCAGCAGCGAGUUGUUCCACGCAAUGGAGCCUGCUGUGGGACGCGAGAAGUACGCAAGAGCCAUGCGAGCGCGACGUGGAGUCAUCAAGAUGCUGGUCGCAGGCGUGGCCGUUUAUUUCAUCAGCUUCUCUCCGCACCAAGCCCUGCUCUUCUACAACACGUUUUCUCCGACGCGCUUCGAGCAGACCUGGCCGUUCCUGAUUUUCGUGAACAUGAUGGCGUAUUUUUCGUCCGCUUGCAACCCGCUUUUGUACAGCAUUUUUAGCCACAGAUUCAGAGAAAAGUUUGUGGCCAUUUUGUUGUGCCGGAGAACGAAGCAAAAUGCGCGCGGAUCUUCUCGGAAAGAAAGCACUGUAGCGAACACGGGGAUACUGAUUGGGGGGAAGCCACAAAACAAAAACUUAAAGACUGCCGUAUGCGACGUUUAAAACUGUUAAGGACUUAAAUUGCGGCGUAACGAAUCUAUUGACUUUAAAGGCACCUGGGCAUGAUCGAGCGGGGCCGGGAGAAAGAAGGGCACGGUUCGAGUUGCGAGGUACUUGAUCAAGGUGUGCCUACGUGGGCUUCAGAUCCAGCAUCCGACGCUGACCUUCAUUCCGGGGUAUACAGGGCUUAUACAGAUUAUUUAUAAAACAGCUACGAGCGCAUAAGACAUGUCGUUUUUGCGGUUGAUUUAUUAGGCGAGGCAGACAUCCUCUCGAAGACAGCACGUAAGUACUAGAUGGCUAAUUACUCGGAAAUUCGUUAAUUAACUUCUUAAUAUAUGUAUUGGCAUCUUGCACGCAAGGGCUCAUGAGAACUUAGAGCGUCUUGAAGCAUUACGAGACGGCUAGAGGCGGAGGCAGAAGAAGAACAACAACAUUCCCGCAGGAGCAACACAUACCAGCGUAAACUAUAACCCAAGCAGACGACGGAGCAGUGUCCCUCAAAGUUCCCAUGCUGCUUUGCGCCGCACGGUUGCUGGCGCGCGCAUCUGUUUUGAAAAUCGUAUAGUAUGAGAUUUCUGGCAAAAGCGAGAUAGUGGAAUGGGAGACAAUCCUAGUUGAAAGUCAUUCCAUUUUUAAAUAAUCGUGCGUUGAAAUAUCCAUCGUCGAAUUUUGCUAUGCAAAGGAACCGAAACCGAAUUCGAGCCCGUCGUGAGCGCAGAGGGCACCGCGCUCAUUCCACGUGAGAGGGCCACGCGCUUUGGAGCCAUGGAGAUGAUUGGA